CUGAGGUGGCAAUGAAAAGGCUGCUAAUACUAUUGACUUCCAGUCUUCCCCAAAUAUUUCCUUUUCACAUGGCUGUCUGAAAAUGGUGCAUCACCGGCACCGCUACACUUGGCUCCAUUAAAAAGCUUUGUAAGUGAAUCCAGCAAUCCGCACUGUUGAAGUGAUGGCCUGGUUGGAGUUUUUACUGCGAAAACUCUUCGAUAUUGUUUCAUGGCCUUCAAUUGCUUUGCUUUGUCCCUUGUUUGCUUCAUUUCGGGCUAUAAACAGUGACUCUCACUUCAAAAAUCAGCAAUGUCUCGCUUUCUGGGCUCUAUUUUCCAUUUUUUCUGUCUUUGAAAAGGCACUUGCCAAUCUUCCCAUUUGGUUUCCUUUUUGGCCUUAUGUGAAGGGCUUGGUGAUUGUCUUGUUGGUGAUUAUUGAUUUUCGUGGUGCUUCCUUUGUCUACAAGAAUUUUAUCAGAACAUUCAGAACUUAUCCAUUUGUUAGCUGGCAGCAUGUGUUAUUUCUGAUAUGGAACAUCUUGUUCAUACCAGUGAGGGAAUGUUUGCGGAUCACCAGUUGGCUAUUUCAGAGAGGCAAAUGCUUCUCAUUUAGUCGGACUGAUGAAAACAUAAUUGCGAGCGGACAGGAAGUAAUAUGCGAACGCGUUAUCUGUCAGGGAACAUUCAAGCGCAACGAUGAUACUAUAACGAGGGACCAAAGGCCCUUUCAUUUAACGAAUGCCCAAAAGGAGUGGAGUUGUGCUCUUUGUCUGAUUAGCACUACUAGCGAAAAAUGUUUGAAGAAACACCUCCAAGGAAAGAAGCACAAGGCCAGGAAAGAAGAAGUAAGAGCUGAAGAGCUGGCAGCAAAGUUAAAGUUAGCAUACAAUUCCACUAUUGUUCUUAGUUCGAACAAUGGAGUAGUUUUGCUUCAGAACCUGGUCAAUCUUGAAAAGUGGAGUGGCUAUAUAAGCCCUAUUACAAGACCAAUCAAAUGGUGCAGAUGGAAAGGACCAGACAUUGGUUGGAUCAAAUUAAACACGGAUGGGUCUAUAGAUCGAGAAUAUGCAGGUUUCGGUGGUUUGCUCCGUGAUUAUAACGGUGAUGCAAUUUGCGGUUUUGUUUCUAAAGCUGCUCUGAAUGACAUUUUUUUGGUGGAACUAUGGGCUAUAUGGAGAGGUCUUGUUUUAGCCUCUGGUCUCGGAAUAAAAGUAAUAUGGGUCGAGUCUGAUUCACUGAGUGCUGUGAAAACCAUUAACAAGGAGCAGUCUUACAGCCAAAGAGCUGCAGAAUGUUUGAACCAUAUUUGGUUUCUUUUAAAGAAAUUCGAGAAGCAUAGGAUAUCGCACGCAUGGCGUGAAACUAAUAAAGCAGCUGAUUAUCUUUCAAGGAUGGUUCUCGAGAGAAAUGAUGUAGUUUUGGUGCCUGUACAGUUUCCUUCUACACUUCAGAAUAUUAUUAAGGAUGAUGCUCAGGGAAAAAUAUACUUUAGGAGAUAACCUUCAGAUUCUGACUUCAGCUCUAACAUUACCUAAGAAAUGUAGACGAGGAAGGAUAGGAUUGAGGGUGUAGAUGUAAAUGAGAAAAAUUAAGUUAAUUGUGGAAGAGAUUGGAAGAGUUAGAAUUUAGUUAUUUAUUAACUUAUGCAAGAUAUUGAAAGAGGUAGAAUUUAGUUACUUGUAAGGUUACCACACAUUAACAACUUUUACUGUGUCCA